AUGGCGUUAAGAGGGCCAUUCACUCGUUUACUACGAUCAACACUGACUUCUGGUCAGCAGAAUCGUGCGCAUUCUGUCGCAAUUCUCGGCGCUCCGUUCUCCAAAGGUCAGAAAAGGAGAGGAGUUGAACAUGGACCAAAGGCCAUCCGAGAUGCCGGUCUGGUUGAAAGGCUAACAAAUUUGGAAUAUCCAGUGCACGAUUUUGGAGAUCUAAGCUUCCAGCAUUUGGAGAAGGAUGAGCACUUCAUGCAUGUCCCUUUCCCUCGUACCGUUGGCCGGGCCAAUCAGCUUCUGUCUGGUGCUGUAAGCAGAGCCGUUGGAGCUGGACACACCAGUGUCAUGCUAGGAGGAGACCACAGUUUGGCCAUUGGUUCAGUGGCGGGCCAUGCCCAGCAGUGUCCAGACUUGUGUUUAAUUUGGGUGGAUGCUCAUGCUGACAUCAACACACCAUUGACAUCUCCUUCAGGAAACCUCCACGGUCAAUCUGUUUCCUUCAUGCUCAAAGAACUGCAAGAUAAGAUGCCAGACGUUCCGGGGUUCUCUUGGAUGAAGCCAUUUCUGGCGGCAAGAGACGUGGUCUACAUUGGCCUUAGAGAUGUGGACCCCGGUGAGCAUAUUAUUCUGAAGAAUUUAGGAAUCCAGUACUUUUCAAUGCGUGACAUUGAUAGGAUGGGCAUUCAGAGGGUUAUGGAGGUUACAUUAGACCAUCUUCUGUCAAGAAAACAACGUCCAAUUCACCUGAGCUUUGACAUCGACGCCUUUGACCCUUCCCUGGCUCCUGCCACUGGAACACCAGUCAACGGAGGGCUAACAUACAGAGAGGGCAUCUAUAUCACAGAGGAGAUCCACAACACAGGGCUACUUUCAGCCAUGGACCUGGUGGAGGUGAAUCCAACCCUAGCAGCAGGCCCUGAGGCCGUGGAGGCCACUGCCAGCUUGGCUGUGGACGUCAUAGCCUCAUCCCUCGGACAGACGCGAGAGGGCGCGCACGCGGCCUUCCGGGAAAUCCCUGCACCCAAAGAGGAUACGGAACAGCUACGCCUGUAG